AUGCGGAAGGUCGACUUCUUGCAUACCUUUGCAAGGUCGCAGAAGAUUACGAACCUGGGAAUAAUCUCACCCAGUAUCUGUUAUUUGGACCGAGAGCUUUUCAUUUACUGCAUCCAUCAAAUGUGGAGACUGUUUUGUCAACAAAUUUCAAAGGUGACUCUCGUCCGCCAUUCUCUAGAACAAUUAGCAGGCAGAACCGUGCUUACGACUUUUCGAGAGAAUGAGCAGACUACGAUUUUUGCACCCUUACUGGGAAAUGGCAUUUUUACUCAAGAAGGACUAGCAUGGAAACAUUCUCGAGAACUCCUGCGAAAGCAAUUUAUUCGUGUUCAGUAUCAGAACUUGGACCACUUUCGCGAGCAUGUUGACAACCUGAUCAAUCGCCUACCUUCAAGUGGAGUUGUCGAUCUACAGCCUCUAUUUUUCGAUCUGACCUUAGAUACUGCGACAGCUCUACUUUUUGGUCGAUCGGUCUAUAGUUUGAGGGCAGGUAUCGAUCAGCACAAAGAAAACAAACUCUUUGCGGAAAGCUUUAACAUCGCCCAAGAGGGUCUUGCUAAACGCUUUCGUAUAGCACCUUGGCACUUUCUCUAUAAUCCCCCAGCUUUUCGCAAAGCGUGUGCUAAUGUACACCAAUUUGUGGAAAGAUACAUCAAGGACUUGGAUUUAGAAAAUGCUGAACGACAUGAAAUGAAACAAAGUGGCUUCAUAAAGCAGAUAGCCGAAGAGUCGACAAGCGUGAAGGAGCUCCGCGAUCAACUCCUGAACGUUUUGCUUGCUGGCCGGGAUACAACAGCAUGCUGUUUGUCUUGGACGUUGUACGUAUUGGGCUCAGAACUCGCUUCCAAACCAGCGCUGACAUCGCCUUUCUGGUCAUCAGUCGACUCCUUGUUCGUCAUGUGA